AUGGAAGAAGUCACUGAAAGAUCAUCUUUAACCUAUCAUUUUCUGUUUUGUUCUACUGAAAUUUGUUAUUUAGUGCUGAAGUUCAUUUUGGCGGUGGCAAGCUGUUAUUCAGCUUCUGUGUGGCAUGACAACAGUAAAGACUGCAUUGUGCUAAAGAUAAUCCGUGUUCUUCCACCUGCUGUUCUCAGCAGUCAAGCAAAAGCCAUCUCUCCUACAUGUGAACUUGCAAUUGCAGAAAGGUCCUGGUGUUUUUACCCCAUAUCGGUGAGCGAGUUUGUUCAAAUUGACUUUGAAAAGGGAGGCACCACUACUUGCAGGAGAUCUGAGGUUUCUAAUAAAUCCUUCCAUUUAACUCAGGUGCAUUGGAACCAUAUCGAUGAAAAUGGAGUCUGCCAGGAAGAAGCAUGGUUUGAUUCAGUGAGCAUACUAGAAUCUGAAUCUGAUGAUGAUUUUAUCAGUGUUUUCGGAGGUGCACACAUGUUACGUCCCCAAGCAGGAUUGCUCAUUCCCUGUGCAAAUGGUGAUGAGAAGGCAUUACCAGGCUCUUGGUCUGCAAUUUCACCCUCCGUUUUUAGGGUCCGGGGCGAGACUUUCUUCAAGUAA